AUGGAUAACGUAACCGACUGCACUGGUGCCGGCUUGGACCUCAUUCAGAAUCGCAUCGAGCUUCUGAACAGUAAGAUGGACAAACUCAUCAACAUCCAGGAGAAGGUCCUCAACCGGAUGGACGGAAUGUCCCAGGACAUUUACGAUAUAGAGAGGGACAUGGAAACUCUGAAGGUGUACAAGGAGGAGAUCCAUAUCCCUGCCAGAGCCCUAACUCUACCCCCAGCCCUGGCUCAGACCCAAGGCACGGGCAUGGGGGGCGAGGUGAGAGAGAUGUAUCAGGAGAUGAGCUCCAUCAUGACAGGGCUGGACCAGCGCUCGGAGAAGCAGGCUGAGAAGCUGGACGUUAUGGAAAAGCAGGUCCUCAGCAUCCAUCAGGUCAUCAGAUUCAUUGGGGAGAUGGUGAAGAGCCCCCGGGUUAUGGAGAUGAUGUUUAUGGGUCCUACAGCACACAAGGCCUCCAAGUCCAAAGACAGCAAGAUGGCUAUUAAGAGGCAAUCGUCUGCAGAAAAGAGCAAGAGCUCAGUUACUAAGAAGAACGACAAGGUGAGACUGGAAGUUCAAACUGCACUAACCAAAGAGGUGUGUUUUUGCAGGUCUAUGUAGACUAUAUAGAGGUUGCUUUAUUAAGGCACUUUAUGCACUCAACGGAGCUCUGAUUACGUUCAUGUGAACUGUGUUCAGAUUUGUAUUAUGGAUUGAUGUUAUGGAUGUGAUGGCAACUUGGGUUAGAUGAAUUGCUGGAUUCACUGUUUCCUCAUGGUCCUGCAAGUUACAUGUCCUUAAAAACACUUGUGUGCAGGUCUGCCACACCGGCGGUCACGAGUCAUGACGGCAGUUUAAUUCCACGUGACCGUUUAGUCACGGUAAUUUGGCUUCUCCAAGCUCUGAUGCUGCUGAUGGUCAUUAGCAGAAUACCAAACCUGCUAACUGUCUGGUACUCAGCACUAUAUUGUCUCUCUAAUCACUUGACAUCAAUGCAAAUGUCCUCGAAAAUCGAAUAAAACAAUUUAUGAAAGCUAUGCAAUAUUUCUAUAGGAUAUGCAAUUGCGUGAGAAAAAACAGUGAUGCCCUCUAUUAAAAAGAGGUGGAUCCCAUCAGCUCUCUAUAGGCUUACUAUAUUUAUUUCUCAACUUUCCUAAUAUUAAGCACAUUGCUUCUCUUUACAACAGGAGUAUAGCCUACCUGGCUGGCAUGAAAAUGAACCAUAGGAAAAGUGUCUUCCAUUCGCUAUUUAAGUGCAUAGAUUACAUUUAUUUUUUUCCCGCUGCCCAUGUUUCGAGACAGGUGCAUGAUAGUGGUCCAUUCUAAAUCAAAACUAAUUUUUCACAUAUAUUAUUUAGUUCAUUCGGAAAUGUACAUAAGUAUUCAGACCCUUUGCUAUGAGACUCAAAAUUGAGCUCAGGUGCAUCCCGUUUCCAUUGAUCAUCCUUGAGAUGUUUCUACAACUUGAUUGGGGUCCACCUGUUGUAAAUUAAAUUGAUUGGACAUAAUUUGGAAAGGCACACAUCUGUCUAUAUAAGGUCCCACAGUGGACAAUGCAUGUCAGAGCAAAUACCAAGGCAUGAGGUCGAAGGAAUUGCAGAAGGGGAGAAGGAGAAGGGCCUUGGACAAAGAGGUGACCAAAAUCCCGUUGGUCACUCUGACAGAGCCACCAUUACGGUAGAGUGGCCAGACGGAAGCCACUCCUCAGUAAAAGGCACAUGACAGCCGCUUGGAGUUUGCCAAAAAGCACCUAAAGGACUCUCAGACCAUGAGAAACAAGAUUCUCUGGUCUGAUGAAACCAAGAUUGAACUCUUUAGCCUGAAUGCCAAGUGUCACGUCUGAGGAAAUCUGGCACCAUCCCUACGGUGAAGCGUGGUGGUGUCAGCAUCAUGCUGUGGGGAUGUUUUUCAGUGGGACUGGGAGACUAGUCAGGAUCGAGAGAAAGAUGAACGGAGCAAAGUACAGAGAGAUCCUUGAUGAAAACCUGCUCCGGAGCGCUCAGGACCUCAGACUGGGGCAAAGGUUGACCUUCCAACAGGACAACGACCUUAAGCACACAGCCAAGACAAUGCAGGAGUGGCUUCAGGACAAGUCUCUGAAUGUCCUUGAGUGGCCCAGCCAGAGCCCGGACUUGAACCAUAUCUAACAUCUCUGGAGAGACCUGAAAAAGGCAGUGCAGUGACGCUCCCCAUCCAACCUGACAGAGCUUGAGAGGAUCUGCAGAGAGGAAUGUGAGAAACUCCCCAAAUACAGGAAUGCCAAGCUUGUAGCAUCAUACCCAAGAAGACACGAGGCUGUAAUCGCUGCCAAAUGUGCUUCAACAAAGUACUGAAUAAAGGGCUGGAUGGCAUACCAGUUUUGAUAUACUCAGAGGACCGUUAUUAGCAUGUUUUACCCACUCCUAUGUAAAUGGUAGAUUAUCAGACACUCAACAAGAAGGUCUGAUUUAACUAUUACUGAAACGGGAUACAAGUGGGAAAUAUAAAGAUCCAGUCCAUUAAAAAAAUUGGAGGCCCGUACACUUCAGGGUUGUAAUGCAAAAAUUCUAGCAAAAUGUAUAGCGCAUAGAAUUAAAAAGGUAUUGUCGGACAUUAUUCAUUCUAAUCAGACUGUUUUUUUACAUGGACGAUACAUUGGAGAUAAUACAAGGCAAGUACUGGAAACAAUAGAACACUAUGAAAAAUCAGGGAAACCAGGCCUGCUAUUCAUAGCAUAGGAGUUUAUACUGUGUAUAAAUGCCUGGAACAUUUCAAUUUUGGAGAAUCUCUUAUAAAAUGGGUUAAAAUCAUGUAUAGUAACCCUAUGUGUAAAAUAGUAAAUAAUGGCUACUUCUCAGAAAGUUCUAAAAUAUCAAGUGGAGUAUAACAAGGUUGUCCACUAUCGGUAUAUCUAUUUAUUAUGGCCAUCGAAAUAUUAGCUAUUAAAAAUCAGAUCUAACCAUAAUAUCAAGGGAUUAGAAAUCCAGGGCUUAAUAACAAAGGUGUCAUUGUACGCUGAUGAUUCAUGUUUUCUUUUAAAUCCACAACUUGGAUCCCUCCACAGCCUCAUUGUCACGACCGUCUUGAAAGGGAGCAGACCAAUACGCAGCGCGUUGAGUGAACAUGAUGACUUUAAUGAGUACAGCACGUAAAUACAAAACAAAAGACGAUAGUGAAGUCCAACAGUGACAAUGACUGAACUUGGAACAAAAACCCACCACCACAAGGUGAAAACACACAGUAUAAAUAUGGCUCCCAAUCAGAGAUAACGAGCCGACAGCUGACACUCGUUACCUCCGAUUGGGAGUCACUGACCAAACACGGAAACAAAACCAAAAACCAAACACAACAAAUGAACACACCCUAUACCCAACACAACCAAAUGAAUACACCCUGGCUCAAACAACACAGUCCCGGAGCCAGAGCGUGACAGUACCCCCCCCUAAAGGCGCGGACUGCGACCGCGCCUCAAUACGGGCUAAACAAGGGAGGGCUGGGCGGGCAUACCUCCUCGGCGGUGGUUCUGGCUCCGGUCGUGGUCCCCACCCCACCAUAGUCACUACCCGCUUUCGUAGCCUCCUCCAACUGACCCCCACCGGAUUAAGGGGCAGCACCGGACUAAGAGGCAGCACCGGACUAAGAGGCAGCACCAGACUGAAUGGCAGAUCCUGGCUGGCUGGCUCUGGCGGAUCCUGGCUGGACGGCUCAUGGCUGGCUGACGGAUCUGGCUGCUCAUGGCUGGCUGACGGAUCUGGCUGCUCAUGGCUGGCUGACGGAUCUGGCUGCUCAUGGCUGGCUGACGGAUCUGGCUGCUCAUGGCUGGCUGACGGAUCUGGCUGCUCAUGGCAGGCUGACGGAUCUGGCUGCUCAUGGCUGGCGGAAGGCUCUGGCUGAUCCUGUCUGGCGGAAGGCUCUGGCUGAUCCUGUCUGGCGGAAGGCUCUGGCUGAUCCUGUCUGGCGGAAGGCUCUGGCUGAUCCUGUCUGGCGGAAGGCUCUGGCUGAUCCUGUCUGGCGGAAGGCUCUGGCUGAUCCUGUCUGGCGGAAGGCUUUAGCGGCUCCGGUCUGGCGGACGGCUCUGAAGGCUCAUGGCAGACGGGCGGCUUAUGCAGCGCUUGGCAGACGGACAGUUCAGACGGCGUUGGGCAGACAGGCAGUUCAGGCGCCUUUGGGCAGACGGGCAGUUCAAGCGCCGUUGGGCAGACGGGCAGUUCAGGCGCCGUUGGGCAGACGGGCAGUUCAGGCGCCGUUGGGCAGACGGUCAGUUCAGGCGCCGUUGGGCAGACGGCAGACUCUGGCCGGCCGAGACGCACUAUAGGCCUGGUGCGUGGUGCCGGAACAGGCCGGACCGGGCUGGCGACGCGCACCGUAGACUUGGUGCGGGUGGCAGGAACAGGCCGGACCGGGCUGGCGACGCGCACCGUAGUCUUGGUGCGGGUGGCAGGAACAGGCCGGGUCGGGCUGGCGACGCGCACCGUAGACUUGGUGCGGGUGGCAGGAACAGGCCGGACCGGGCUGGCGACGCACACCGUAGACUUGGUGCGGGUGGCAGGAACAGGCCGGACCGGGCUGGCGACGCGCACCGUAGACUUGGUGCGGGUGGCAGGAACAGGCCGGACCGGGCUGGCGACGCACACCGUAGACUUGGUGCGGGUGGCAGGAACAGGCCGGACCGGGCUGGCGACGCGCACCGUAGGUUUGGUGCGAGUGGCAGGAACAGGCCGGGUCGGGCUGGCGACGCACACCGUAGACUUGGUGCGGGUGGCAGGAACAGGCCGGACCGGGCUGGCGACGCGCACCGUAGGUUUGGUGCGAGUGGCAGGAACAGGCCGGGUCGGGCUGGCGACGCACACCGUAGACUUGGUGCGGGUGGCAGGAACAGGCCGGACCGGGCUGGCGACGCGCACCGUAAGUUUGGUGCGAGUGGCAGGAACAGGCCGGGUCGGGCUGGCGACGCACACCGUAGGCUUGAUGCGUGGAGUAGGAACAGGCCGGUCCGUACUGGGAACACACACCACUGGCCUUAACCGGGGAUCAGGAACGGGCCGGACCGGACUGGUAACACACCUCAGUCUCUUACGCCGUGCCUCAACUGCUUCCCUCCCUCUACUCGCCAAUGGCUCCCGUAAUCCGGUAGCCUUCUCUCCACGUCUCUCUGUGGCAGCCUCCUGCUGCCCAGCCGCCCAAGCCAUGUGCCCCCCCCAAAAAACUUUUUGGGGUUGCCUCACGUCCUUCCAACGAUGACCCUGCUGACGCCGUUGCUCCUCUCUCGCCACCACAAGGUGAAAACACACAGUAUAAAUAUGGCUCCCAAUCAGAGAUAACGAGCCGACAGCUGACACUCGUUACCUCCGAUUGGGAGUCACUGACCAAACACGGAAACAAAACCAACAACCAAACACAACAAAUGAACAACACCCUAUACCAACACAACCAAAUGAAUACACCCUGGCUCAAACAACACAGUCCCGGAGCCAGAGCGUGACACUCAUAGAGGAUCUAGGUAAUUUUUCUAACAUCUCUGGAUUACAACCAAAUUUUGAUAAGUGCACUAUAUUAUGUAUUGAUCACAAAAAAACAAAGAAUUUACAUUACCAUGUAGUUUACCAAUAAAAUGGUCUGAUGGUGAUGUGGAUAUACUCGGAAUACAUAUCCCAAAUGAAAUAAAUGAUCUCACUCCAAUAAACUUUAAUAGAAAUUUAGCAAAAAUAGAUAAGAUCUUGCUACCAUGGAAAGGUAAAUACCUGUCUAUUUGUGGAAAAAUCACCCUGAUUAACUCUUUAGUAAUAUCCCAGUUUACCUAUUUGCUUAUUUUCUUGCCUACACCUAGCAAACAAUUUUUAAAAUUAUAUGAGAAAAAAAGAUUCCAUUUGAUUUGGAAUGGCACACCAGAGAAAAUUAAACGGGCCUAUUUAUAUAAUGAAUAUGAAUUAGGAGGGCAGAAAUUAUUAAAUAUUAAAGCAUUAGACCUCUCACUAAAGUCUUCAGUCAUACAUAAACUACCGUUCAAAAUUUUGGGGUCACUUAGAAAUGUCCUUGUUUUCCAUGAAAACAUAUAUGAAAUGAGUUUGAAUAGGAAAUAUAGCAAAAUGAAUAGGAAAUGUAGUCAUUGACAAGGUUAGAAAUAAUGAUUUUUUAUUGAAAUAAUAAUUGUCUCCUUCAAACUUUGCUUUCGUCAAAUAAUCCUCCAUUUGCAGCAAUUACAGCCUUGCAGACCUUUGGCAUUCUAGUUGUCAAUUUGUUGAGGUAAUCUGAAGAGAUUUCACCCCAUGCUUCCUGAAGCACCUCCCACAAGUUGGAUUGGCUUGAUGGGCACUUCUUACGUACCAUACGGUCAAGCUGCUCCCACAACAGCUCAAUAGGGUUGAGAUCCGGUGACUGUGCUGGCCACUCCAUUAUAGACAGAAUACCCCUAAAUAGUUAUUGCAUAGUUUGGAGCUCUGCUUUGGGUCAUUGUCCUGUUGUAGGAGGAAAUUGGCUCCAAUCAAGCGCCAUCCACAGGGUAUAGCAUGGCGUUGCAAAAUGGAGUGAUAGCCUUCCUUCUUCAAGAUCCCUUUUACCCUGUACAAAUCCCCCACUUUACCACAACCAAAGCACCCCCAGACCAUCACAUUGCCUCCACCAUGCUUGACUGAUGGCAUCAAGCACUCCUCCAGCAUCUUUUCAUUUGGUCUGUGUCUCACAAAUGUUCUUGUUUGUGAUCCAAACACCUCAAACUUUGAUUCGUCUGUCCAUAACACUUUUUACCAAUCUUAAUCUUUUCUUUUUGUUGACCAGUCUGAGAUAUGGCUUUUUCUUUGCAACUCUGCCUAGAAGGUCAGCAUCCCGGAGUCGCCUCUUCACUGUUGACGUUGAGACUGGUGUUUUGCGGGCACUAUUUAAUGAAGCUGCCAGUUGAGGACCUGUGAGGCGCCUGUUUCUCAAACUAGACACUCUAUUGUAUUUGUCCUCUUGCUCAGUUGUACACCGGGGCCUCCCACUCCUCUUUCUAUUCUGGUUAGAGCCAGUUUGUGCUGUUCUGUGAAGGGAGUAUUACACAGCGUUGUACGAGAUCUUUUGUUUCUUGGCAAUUUCUUGCAUGGAAUAGCCUUCAUUUCUCAGAACAAGAAUAGACUGACGAGUUUCAGAAGAAAGUACUACACUAGUCUCAAGAAGGCCAGUUUUAUUGCUUCUUUAAUCAGCACAACAGUUUUCAGCUGUGCUAACAAAAGGGUCUUCUAAUGAUCAAUUAGCCUUUUAAAAUGAUAACCGUGGAUUAGCAAACACAACAUGACAUUGGAAAACAGGACUGAUGGUUGCUGAUGAUGGGCCUCUGUACGCCUAUGUAGAUAUUCCAUAAAAAAUCAGCCAUUUCCAGCUACAAUAUUCAUUUACAACAUUAACAAUGUUUACACUGUAUUUCUGAUCACUUUCAUGUUAUUUUAAUGGACAAAUAAAUUGCCGACUCCAAACUUUUGAACGGUAGUGUUAGUUAUCCUAAAAUCCGAACUGGUUCUCAAGCAAAUUAGUAAGAAUAUCUCUUCCUAUCUUCAAGAAUGGUCUUUUUCCGUUUAUUCAGAUUACAUCUCACUUUCAGUUAUUUGAAAAGGAAAUCAUCUCCCAAAUAUCGCUAUUUUUAAAACAAAUCAUAGAAAGUUGGUUGCAAUUUCAAUUUAAUCCACCAGAAAGGACAGUACAAAUAAUGCAACAAAUGUUGUGGUUAAACUCAAAUAUACUAAUUGAUAAAAAAACGUUAUUUUUUAAAAUAAAAAAACAAAAAAGGUAUAAUCUUCGUAAAUUAUAUCAGAGGUAGGAAUGGUGGAGUUAUGUCGCACAUGCAGCUAACAAAAACAUAUGGACAUGUCUGCUCUACCCAAAAUUACAACCAACUGAUUGCAGCAUUACCACAAAAAUGGAAGAGGAAAGUAGAAGGGGGAAAAGUAAGGAACUUGUCUGUCGGCCCUGCAUUAAAGAACAUAAUUGGUUAAAGAAAAUUGUGAUAAAUAAAAAAGUAUAUCAGUUUCAUUUAAGGACCAAAAAAUUGACAGCCGUGCCAUAUAGAUUGCAAAAUAUUUUGGAAGAGAUUUUUGACGUACCGAUUCCAUGGCACAUGGUUUAUGAACUGAUAAGCAAAACGACGCCGGAUUCAACAUGUAUACUUUUUAAAUUAAAAUUAUUAUACAAAAUUCUUGCAACCAAUAGAAUGUUAUUUAUAUGGGGGAUACAACCUUCCCAGCUCUGCAGAUCUUGCAGCGAAGAGACAGAAUCAUUAGAUCUUUUUUUUUGUUGUACUAUCCAUAUGUAGCUUGUUUUUGGUCACAGGUCCAGGAAUGGCUGAAGAAUUGCAAUAUUUACCUGGAGGCAACCCUGCAGGUAGCACUACUGGGUGAUCUGAAAAGUCAUAGUCAAUCGAUCAAUAAUAUAAUAAUACUUUUAGCAAAAAUGUUUAUUUUCAAUUUACAAUCUGUAGAAACAAUGAGAACAGAAAGGUUCAGAACUUCACAGCACAGUUGAAAAAUAUAUGGCAAAUAGAAAUGCAAUAUGGAUGGGAGGGGUUGAAAGGAGCUGAAGGUUGGGACUAAUAACAACUAAUAACAACAAGAUAACUAAUGUAAAACAUAUUGUGUCCUUAAAACGUAUAUAGGUUAUAGGUUAAGAACUUUUGUGAAAGAGCACAGUUUGAAAGAUAUGGCAAAUAGAAAUCAAACUGGAUGGACAUCAGAAAUAGAUGGGAGAGGUUGAGGGUAGAGGAAGAACAGGAGUAAAAACAAACCAAUUAGAACUAUAGUAAAAUUGACUGUGUCCAUAAAAUGUAUAUAGUAUGUAUAAGCUGGAAGUAGAGGCAUAAGCGUUGUUGUUCACUAGUUUACUCCAAUUAGGGGAGGGGUGGUAGGGUUAGAAAGUAAAAAAGGAAUAUAUAUAUAUAUAUAUAUAUAUAUAUAUAUAUAUAUAUAUAUAUAUAUAUUUAAAGUAGCCAUGUCUUCACUACUAUUCUACAAUGUAGAAAAUAGUAAAAAUAAUAAAAUCCUUGAAUGAGUAGGUGUGUCCAAACUUUUGACUGGUACUGUACAUACACACAUAUAAAUACAUAUACAUACAUAUACAGUACCAGUCAAAAUUUGGACACACCUACUCAUUCCAGGGUUUUUCUUUAUUUUUACUAUUCUCUACAUUGUAGAAUAAUAGUGAAGACAUCAAAAUUAUGAAAUAACACAUUUAGAAUCAUGUAGUAACCAAAAAAGUGUUAUUCAAAUCAAAAUAUAUUUUAUAUUUGAGAUUCUUCAAAGUAGCCACCCUUUGCCUUGAUGACAGCUUUGCAAACUCUUGGCAUUCUCUCAACCAGCUUCAUGAGGUAGUCACCUGGAAUGCAUUUCAAUUAACAGGUGUGCCUUGUUAAAAGUUAAUUUGUGGAAUUUCUUUCCUUCUUAAUGCGUUUCAGCCAAUCAGCUGUGUUGUGACAAGAGGUGGUAUACGGAAGAUAGCCCUAUUUGCUAAAAGACCAAGUCCAUAUUAUGACAAGAACAGCUCAAAUAAGCAAAGAGAAAUGACAGUCCAUCAUUACUUUAAGACAUGAAGGUCAGUCAAUUCUGAAAAUGUCAAGAACUUUUAAUGUUUCUUCAAGUGCAGUCGCAAAAACCAUCAAGCGCUAUGAUGAAACUGGCUCUCAUGAGGACCGCCACAAGAAAGGAAGACCCAGAUUUACCUCUGCUGCAGAGGAUACGUUUAUUAGAGUUAACUACACCUCAGAUUGCAGCCCAAGUAAAUGCUUCACAGAGUUAAAGUAACAGACACAUCUCAACAUCAACUGUUCAGAGGAGACUGCGUGAAUCAGGCCUUCGUGGUCGAAUUGCUGCAAAGAAACCACUACUAAAGGACACCAAUAAUAAGAAGAGACUUGCUUGGGCCAAGAAACAUGAGCAAUGGACAUUAGACCGGUGGAAAUUUGUCCUUUGGUCUGGAUUCCAAAUUGGAGAUUUUUGGUUCCAACCGCCGUGUCUUUGUGAGACGCAGAAUACGUGAACGGAUUAUCUCUGCAUGUGUGGUUCCCACCGUGAAGCAUGGAGGAUGAGGUGUGAUGGUGUGGGGGUGCUUUGCUGGUGACACUGUCAGUAAUUUAUUUAGAACUCAAGGCACACUUAACCAGCAUGGCUACCGCAGAAAUCUGCAGCGAUACGCCGUCCCAUCUGGUUUGCGCUUAGUGGGACUAUCAUUUGUUUUUCAACAGGACAAUGACCCAACACACCUCCAGGCUGUGUAAGGGCUAUUUGACCAAGAAGGAGAGUGAUGGAGUGCUGCAUCAGAUGACCUGGCCUCCACAAUCGCCCGACCUCUACCCAAUUGAGAUGGUUUGGGAUGAGUUGGACCACAGAGUGAAGGAAAAGCAGCCAACAAGUGCUCAGCAUACGUGGGAACUCCUUCAAGACUGUUGGAAAAGCAUUCCAAGUGAAGCUGGUUGAGAGAAUGCCAAGAGUGUGCAAAGCUGUCAUCAAGGCAAAGGAUGGCUGCUUUGAAGAAUCUAUAUAAUCUAAAAUAUAUUUUGAUUUGUUUAACACUUUUUUGGUUACUACAUGAUUCCAUAUAUAAUUUCAUAGUUUUGAUGUCUUCACUAUUAUUCUACAAUGUAGAAAAUAGUAAAAAUAAAGAAAAAGCCUUGAAUGAGUAGGUGUUCUAAAACUUUUGACCGGAGUGUAUAUACUGUAUAUAUUUUCAAAAAAUAUAUGGGGGAUUGGAAGUGAUGCAGACAAUUACAUUGAUGGAAGCUACAAUCUUUCUACAAUAUUAAAGCUGAUCUACCCCCUAAAAAAAUUAAAAUAAAUAAAUAAACGUACUGAGUAAAGGGUCUGAAUCCUUAUGUUUAAUACAUUUGCAAAAAUGUCUGAAAACCUGUUUUUGCUUCGUCAUUAUGGGGUAUUGUGUGUGAAUUGAUGAGGGAAAAAACAAUUUAAUCAAUUUUAGAAUAAGGCUGUAGCAUAACAAAACGUGGAAAAAGUAAUGGGGUCUGAAAUACUUUUCGAAUGCACUGUAUGUAAAUACAAGAUUCAAUCAAGAAUAGUCUGAUGGGUGACAAUAUGAGCCUAUCUCUUGUGAAUGAUGCCCAGCUUGUGGAGCAGUAAUGCAAGAAGCAGCGCAUGCCUUUUUAUUUGUGCAAAUCAUAGUCACACACCUCAUGUAGCGUAGCCCACAGGCCUAUAUGUUUUGAUAAGGUUUGUAUCACAACUAAUGAACUAAUGUGGCCAAAUAACGUCUUAAAAUUAAGCACAUUAAUCCGCUUUACAACAGGUGUAGAGCCUAAAUGGCAUACAUACGCAGCGCGUGAUUUUCAAGUUUGAGGAAGAUAAUCUUCACCAUAAAAAUGCACCUUUAUAAUAAAAGCAUUACAUGCAUAAUCGCAUUUGCGGUCACUUUUGAGAUUGGUGUUUUCCCGCUAAUUUAAUGCAUUUUGGAACAUUCACACUUUUAGCCUACUGCUGUGUGCGCAUUGCAGCGCUUAGAAGGUGAAGAAAUAACCUAAUAGUUUGUCGCCCUGGCUCUGGGGACUCUUAUAUGUUGAGCCAGGGUGUGUAGGGUCUAUGUUUUGUGUUCUAUGUUCAGUUUCUAGUUAAUGUGUUUUCUAUGUUGGACAGGGUGGUUCUCAAUCAGAGGCAACGAGAAUCAGCUGUUGCUUGUUGUCUCUUAUUGGGAACCAUACUUAGGCAGCCUCUUGUGCACUUGUGUUUUGUGGGAUCUUGUUCCGUGUUGGUUUGUGUUCAUGACCGAGGACUUCACGUUUCGUUUUGUUGUUUUGUAUGUUGUAUCGUGUUGCUAAGUACACAUUAAAGAGAUGUACGCAUAUCACGCUGCGCCUUGGUCCAAUCAAUAUGACGAUCGUGACAGAGAUCCCACCAAAACAGGACCAAGCAGCGUGUCCAGGAGCAGACAGCCUGGACUUGGGAGGAGAUCUUGGACGGGCAGGGGUCCUGGACUUGGGAGGAAAUCCAGGCCGGUAUGGAUCGCCGUCCGUGGGAGGAGACGGUGGAGGCGCGCCAUAGAGAGGAGCAGCGGCGCCAACCGGGCCGACGUCGGACACGCAAGAGGCAACCCCAAUAAAAAAUGUUGGGGGGGCACACGGCAUGGACGACGGGGCUGCUGGAGGCAGCUACUGGGCGAGUUUGUGGAUUAGGAGAGGAGGCCACCGGGUUUGGGGGGCUGGAACGGAGGUUGGCGGAGCCUAGAGGUAGAGUAGAGCCAACUCCCAGUACUCAGGCUAGGCAGCGUGAGACUGGGCAGGUUCCGAGGUAUGCAAAGCUGCGUACUGUGCCGCGAGUGGUCCGGCACAGUCCGGUACGUCCUGUGCGAGCACCAAACACGUGUCGUGCUAAAGUGGGCAUGCAGCCAGGACGGAGUGUGCCGGCUCAACGCUCGUGGCCUCCAGUACCCCUCCUCGGUCCCGGAUAUCCUGCGCCAGUGUCACGUGCUGUUGUGCCAGUACGAGUACACAGCCCCGUACGUCCUGUGCUGAUGCCUCACACAGAGUGUGUAAAAAUAGGCAUUAAGCCAGGACGGGUUGUGUCAGCUCUUCGCUCCAGACCUCCAGUCCGUCUCCACAGCCCGGUCCGGCCCGUACCUGCUCCCCGCACCAAGCCUGUGAUGCGCGUCGCCAGCCCGGCCCGGCCUGUUCCUGCCCGGCCCGGCCUGUUCCUGCCCUUCGCACCAAGCCUGUGGUGCGCGUCGCCAGCCCGGCCCGGCCUGUUCCUGCCCCUCGCACCAAGCCAAUGGUGCGCGUCGCCAGCCCGGCCCGGCCUGUUCCUGCUCCCCGCACCAAGCCUAUGGUGCGCGUCGCCAGCCCGGCCCGGCCUGUUCCUGCUCCCCGCACCAAGCCUAUGGUGCGCGUCGCCAGCCCAGCCCGGCCUGUUCCUGCUCCCCGCACCAAGCCUGUGGUGCGCGUCGCCAGCCCGGCCCGGCAUGUUCCUGCUCCCCGCACCAAGCCAAUGGUGCGCGUCGCCAGCCCGGCCCGGCCUGUUCCUGCUCUCCGCACCAAGCCAGUGGUGCGCUUAGCCAGCCCGGUCCGGCCCGUUCCUGCUCCCCGCACCAAGCCUAUGGUGCGCGUCGCCAGCCCGGCCCGGCCUGUUCCUGCUCCCCGCACCAAGCCUAUGGUGCGCGUCGCCAGCCCGGCCCGGCCUGUUCCUGCUCCCCGCACCAAGCCUGUGGUGCGCGUCGCCAGCCCGGCCCGUCAUGUUCCUGCUCCCCGCACCAAGCCAAUGGUGCGCGUCGCCAGCCCGGCCCGGCCUGUUCCUGCUCUCCGCACCAAGCCAGUGGUGCGCUUAGCCAGCCCGGUCCGGCCCGUUCCUGCUCCCCGCACCAAGCCUGUGAUGCGCGUCGCCAGCCCGGCCCGUUCCUGCUCCCCGCACCAAGCCUGUGGUGCGCGUCACCAGCCCGGUCCGGCCUGUUCCUGCUCCCCACACCAAGCCUGUGGUGCGCGUCGCCAGCCCGGUCCGGCCCGUCCCUGCUCCCCGCACCAAGCAUAUGGUGCGCGUCGUCAGUCCGGCACAGCCCGUGCCUGCUUCACCAGUGCCUGCUCCACACCGGAGACUAAGCAAUCCGCUCCACCGAGGUCCAGUCCAGCUCCAGCCAGCGGGACCAGACCAGGGGCGCUAUGGGGGGGUUGUUAGAGGGUGGUGGUCACGCCCGGAGCCGGAUCCGCCUCCGAGGUGGAAUGCCCACCUGGCCCCUCCCCUUUUGGGUUUAUGUUGGCGUGGUCACAGUCCGCGCCUUUGGGGGGGGGGGGGGUACUGUCACGCCCUGGCUCUGGGGACUCUUAAAUGUUGAGCCAGGGUGUGUAGGGUCUAUGUUUUGUGUUCUAUGUUCAGUUUCUAGUUCAUGUGUUUUCUAUGUUGGCCGGGGUGGUUCUCAAUCAGAGGCAACGAGAAUCAGCUGUUGCUUGUUGUCUCUGAUUGGGAACCAUACUUAGGCAGCCUGUUGUGCACUUGUGUUUUGUGGGAUCUUGUUCCGUGUUGGUUUGUGUUCAUGACCGAGGACUUCACGUUUCGUUUUGUUGUUUUGUAUGUUGUAUCGUGUUGCUAAGUACACAUUAAAGAGAUGUACGCAUAUCACGCUGCGCCUUGGUCCAAUCAUUAUGACGAUCGUGACAUAGUGUAAUAGUGUAACAUUUUAAGCGAAACGUUCUGAUUUGUUGCGUCAACCUCAUUGCUUUUAAAAUAUGUUUUGAUGCUAGUGGUUAUAUUAAUUUGGGAUCUAUCGCAUCCCAAAACUGUCCCAGACUAUGGUUGGAAUAUUUAUUUCCCGCACAGAAUAAAAUGGGUCAACUUUUGUACUAUGGGGGAUAGUAGAUUGACAUAGGCUAGUGCUUUUGCUGUUUGUUAGGCCUACUCAUCUUGUUGGCUGAUGAAAAGUAAAUGUGGACAGUGCUUCCAACAUCUUCCAUAUUUUCCUCGGAAUUCGAUAAGGACAUGUGCAGUUGCAUCCCCGAUGUGUCUGUCUUCACUUGUAGCCUGUGAGAAGGACCCGAUCACGUGACGGGCAUUGGUGAAUAAGAAUUGAGAUAUCUGAGAGAGCCAUGUGAGUGAGAGGUGCUUCAGAGCACGCAGCCGGGAGAAGGGAAUUAUAAUUAUUACAUUCAGCACAAUGGCCACUGGCCGCAAAAGGCAUGGAUUUGUUUAGGGGGCGUUACGGCCACACAAAGGGGAUGCCUUGGAAAUUUGAGGCAUUAACAAGUGCUUGUCAAAUUGUGAAUGAGAGACUGAUGAAGUUUGUGCAGCCUGUGCAAAAAAACAAAGCAGAGCUCAUGCCUUUAAUGCGACUUUUCACAUCAUGCAGCCUUAGAAUGUAUUAAAAAUCAAAACAUAUAGCCUAACGUUUGUAUCACAACUAAAGUUGAAUAAAUAACUCUAAAUUAAGCAUAUAGGAGGACCCGUUUCUUUGUUAACCGCUCAACACAGAAUAGCCGCAUGUGCGCACUCCCUCAAAUCGUUUGGAGAAAAUAUCCUUUCUUAUUUUAUUCAGCUAUGUUCAAUUGUAUUCUUCAUACUAUAAAAUAAUGCCACGGAAUUCUAAGCAAAUCUUGUCUGCUAAAUGAAGUAGUGUAGCCCACAGCCAUAUGGCAUAGCCAGAUCAGGGCCUAACAUAAGGACAACACAACAUAUGCUAUUCUGUUCUUCUGAAAUAGAUAACAUUUUCUUCAUAUCAUGUUUCUUUAGACCUGUCUAAAAUAAAAAAUGGAUUUUUAGUAAUGGUGUAGGCUAUAUUAAAUUGAUUUAUUAUACUUUUUUAAAUGUAGAUGUUCCAAAGGUCUGCAUCAUUGGCUUGUAGGCUAUGCUUGGAAGCCAGGAGAUGCUAAAUGUGUUUAUAUGUUUUAACGGUCAGUUACUGUGAGACCGGCAGUUAUUUGCUUGACAAUCACCGGCUGACAACAUUUUGUGACUACCGCAGCCCUAUCCACCACCUCAUGAUCAGGUACAGUCGGAUAUGAAAAACAACAUCUGUUUACAAUGCUCAACCAAAAUAAAAAUUAUAUGGCGCCACCUACAGCAGAAGACUUGCCCAAAUUCUUGCCCUGGUCAUACUGUAUAUUAGCCUGCAUUCUCCCUUGGAGAUAGCCUUAAAUGUGACCACAUAGGCAUGUGGCGUGCUGAGUGUAGGAACCCCCUGGAGGGCAUGAAAGGGCCACGCUGGAAUGCAUGGGGCAAGGUUUGGUAAUGCUGCUUAUGGAGUUGGCCUGCAUGUUGUGGUGCAUUUCUAAUUUAAAAGGGCCUGAACCCCCGGCUAGUAGAGAAUCACGUGUAAACACAUUGUGAUGAGUCAGUUUCUCUCUCAUUCGCUCUCUCUCUCCCUGUCAUUCGCUCUCUCUCUCUCCCUGUCAUUCACUCUCUCUCUCUCUCUCUCUCUCUCUCUCUCUCUCUCUCUCUCUCUCUCUCUCUCUCUCUCUCUCUCUCUCUCUUACUUUCUGUCUCUCUGUCUCUCUCACCCCCUCAAUCCUGUAGGUGUACUACGGUUUCAGUGACGUGUGUUGUGUACGUGAGUUUUCUUACCUAUAUAUGCAUUACAAUUCAGGGCACCCCCCAUGUACCUUAUUUACCUCCCGCCAUAGUAACAUUGUCAAACAGCCAUUGAUCUAAAGGGUCUAGUAAAUGUCUGUACUUUAAACUGUGUGAUACAUUUCACAGAGGUUGACACUUCUUCAGAUUGAGUGGCUUAAAAUAGGCAGAAGGUGAUUGACCUGUAUAGGGGAGUGUGUUUUUAAUAGUGGAGUGGUUCUAUAUGCUGUAGAUGCUGUUUUCAGAUUCAUAGUAUUGCUUGGGGAUGGAGUGCUGGGCCGGUAGAAUGUAUUUGCCGAUGUACUAGUAGCAGGCAUGUGGCUUAAAUAGGGAUCGAACUGGUUAAGGACUCAUUGGUGACAGGUAGCGACAGGGGUGAGAGGUAGCCUAUUGGUUAGAGCGUUGGGCCAGUAACUGAAAGGUUGCUGGAUUAAAUACCCGAGACGACAAGGUGAAAAUCUGUUGAUGUACCCUUGAACAAAGCACUUAACCCUAAUUUGCUCUGUUGGCGCUGUACUACUAUGGCUGAACCUGUAAAACAACACAUUUCACUGUACCUAUCCAGUGUAUGUGACGAAAUAUAUAUAUUUGUUUAUCUUAGGGAAGUUACUGGAAGCGUUUGGUUGACUAGAUUUGGUACUGAAUAGAUAACAUAAAGAGAUUAAUUUGAAUCAUAGUGGCAACUGUCUACUGCACUGGGCUAAGCAAUCCAAGCACAAUGAGUAGCACUGUUUAUGUUGUGGAAGAUGAACUUUACACCCAAUUCCUCUGGGCUUAAGUGGCAGUCACUUCCUUCCAACUUCAACAAGCACUUGACAUUUUUGAUCCAAUGUGAACAGCAGUAACACGCUGUAGUGGAACAGGUUGAAAGCUUCAAGUUCCUUGGUGUCCACAUCACCAACAAACUAUCAUGGUCCAAACACACCAAGACAGUCGUGAAGAGGGCACGACAAAGCCUAUUCCCCCUCAGGAGACUGAAAAGAUUUGGCAUGGGUCCUCAGAUCCUCAAAAAGUUAUACAGCUGCACCAUCGAGAGCAUCCUGACUGGUUGCAUCACCGCCUGGUAUGGCAACUGCUCGGCCUCCGACCGCAAGGCACUACAGAGGGUAGUGCGUACGGCCCAGUACAUCACUGGGGCCAAGCUUCCUGCCAUCCAGGACCUCUAUACCAGGCGGUGUCAGAGGAAGGCCCUCAAAACUGUCAAAGACUCCAGCCACCCUAGUCAUAGACUGUUCUCUCUGCUACCGCACGGCAAGCGGUACCGGAGCGCCAAGUCUAGGUCCAAAAGGCUUCUCAACAGCUUCUACCCCCAAGCCAUAAGACUCCUGAACAGCUAAUCAUGGCUAGUCUAAGGCACUGCAUCGCAGUGCUAACUGUGCCACUAGAUCCUGGUUCGAAUCCAGGCUCUGUCGCAGCCGGCCGUGACCGGGAGACUCAUGGGCGGCGCACAAUUGGCCCAGCGUCGUCCAGGGUAGGGGAGGGAAUGGCCGGCAGGGAUGUAGCUCAGUUGAUAGAGCAUGGCGUUUGCAACGCCAGGGUUGUGGGUUCGAUUCCCACGGGGGGACAGUAUAAAAAUAAAAAAAAUGUAUUCACUAACUGUAAGUCGCUCUGGAUAAGAGCGUCUGCUAAAUGACUAAAAUGUAAAUGUAAUGUAAAUGUACCUGCACUAUUUGCACUGCCCCCCACCCCCACCCCAUCUUUUUACGCUGCUGCUACUCUGUUAAUUAUUUAUGCAUAGUCACUUUAACUCUACCCACAUGUACUUAUUACCUCAACUACUUAAACUAGCCGGUUCCCCCGCACAUUGACUCUGCACCGGUACCCCCCUGUAUAUAGCCUCCCUACUGUUAUUUUAUUUUACUUCUGCUCUUUUUUUCUCAACAAUUUUUUGUUGUUGUUGUUUAAUUUUACUUUUUUAUUAAAAAAUAAAUGCCUUGUUGGUUAAGGGCUGUAAGUAAGCAUUUCACGGUAAUGUCUACACCUGUUGUAUUCAGCACAUGUGGCAAAUAAAAUAGUAUUUUAUUUUAUUUGAAGUGUGGACUUAGGCACAGACACUGAAGGUCAAUGGGUAGUACUGUAAAGCCUUAAGCGGGACUUAUAGGUACCCCAUCACUCUCCAUCACUGGCAUGAGGGUGGAUGCCAGGCAGAUAUCUGUUUUCAUGCCCAGGGUCAAUUACCUGCAGGGUCUAUUAUUUGAUUUUAUUAAAAAAAUCUAAUCAAGCAUAGACCAAAUUAUUUAGAUGGUGAAUGAGAUACAGUGUAGUGUAAGAGUUUCCACAUUUCAUGGUGUAGAGUAGUGUAAAGUAGAUGAACUAGGAAAUAAGGAAAGGGGUACUGUAAAUAGGUACUGGUAUCGGAUCAUUUUAAUGUAGUUGACCCUUAUUUGGUUAGUUAAGGGUCCUUCCAUUUCAACACAGUUCUAGCACAAAACAGGCACAUUUGAUACAGACAUAACAUUUUCAGCUUGAUUUGAGGUUAGAACUGAAACUCAACUCUGAGGUCAUAUAUGUCCUAAUCUAACGUAGCAGGCAUAAAAUAAACGUCUGAGCGGGGUCCCUACAUCCGGUUUUCAGGGGAAAAGGAAGCUAGGUUGAAGAUACUGUAUCCCUGAAAACCAGAUGUUUACGGUUUAUAAGUCCACACAUUACGGCAGCAUACAUACCUCUGUUAUUGGCUACUGUAUGACUCAGAUCGCCAGGAAUUCUCAUUGUCGUCAGAGCUUUCGUCAGGUGGUACCUUCAGCCUCCGGCCGGCUCCCUUCACCUCCAAGGUGUGAGAUGUCUGUCUACCACAGACAUCUGUCACUUUAGUCCCCCCACACACACACACCACACACACACUGUACCCAACCCCCCCAUCCUUAGAUUUGUCCUUCAGGAAGAAACACUGCUGUUACUGUGGAAACCCCAUCCUCAAAAUAUCUCCUCUGGCUUACUACUGAGCAGUGCUUACCUCACAACCAACAACACUUAAAAGGCCCUCAAGGGUCAUGCCUUGAGACAUUUAUUAAGAUGUUGACCUGCUCAUAAAAGGACUGGAGCGUUUACUGUAGUACUAGUGAGACCUGCCUUACCGAUGUCUGUUUGACAAGACUUGUUUGGUUGGUUGCGAGAAAUGUUUCCGCUCAGGGUCGGCAUUGCAUGCUAUUGCUCACUAUGACAGGUGAUAUGCUAAAAAUUCACAUCCUCUUACAUAUGUAACACCCUAUCCAUUAAUCUGCUGUGGGCAAUCAACAGCAUACUUUGACUGAAACAAGUUUGUCUUUAUAUUAAUGCAUAUUAAUGCAGUAUUAGGGUGCUACCCUGAAUAUAACAACUGAUAAGGCUAGGUUAUAUGUUUGACGGCCAUUUUAAUGUCAUUCUUCCUUACUCUUUCAUGUACUGUUUCCAUUUUUGUUGUUCAAUUGUAACCCACCCCCCUCACCACCCCUCACCCUUCCUCCUUACCCCCCCCCCCCCCCCCCCUCACCACCCCUCACCCUUCCUCCUUACCCUCCCUAACUGUGUAUUUAUCCAUCUCAUGUUGCAUGCCAUUCACCCUGUCCAACUAGCAUUGCUAUGCUGUAUGUCUUCUUAACAGAAAACAACCUCUACUAAAGCCACUAAAGGGACUCAAGGGAUGAUAAAUCCUGCAUGUGAACCCAAACCCAGCACCCGGAGACCACUCAGAGUCAUAAGACAACAAAGCUCCAUGGACCAAAUAAUUUCCUUGCAACCUGCAAACCCAGCAGAAACGUUGAAUGUGUUAAAUUGCUCACAGAAAACAUGUUUUCAUGAAGCUUCUGAGCAGUAAAUAUUGUAAUUGCAUUCUGGUAGUGGUUUAUGGGAAAUAUACAUACCUAACCUCAUUUUAAAGAAUGUUGACAUGCAGACCAAAUGCAGAGCGUGAUGAUCUUAUCUCUCGUUCUUCCUUUCCUUUAGCCAAAAGAUCACAAGAAGAAGGAUGGGAAGGAGAAGUUGGGUCUGAGCCCGAAGGGUCUGAAAGCACAGAAAAAGAAGAAGCCCCCAGACACAGCAGGUGCUCACAUCACAGCACAUUCAAAUGUGUCAAUAGUACCUCACAGCCAUACACCACACACACACACACACACACACAGUGACCUUUAUUAGUCAAAACAACCUAAAUCACACACAGCAGCACUCACAACAUGUAACAUGUGAGAUGUAAACAACACCUGUUCUGAAAGCUUUGAAAUUGGCAGAGGAAAAAUCGAUACUUUCUUUUUAGCCAAAGGAAAGGGAACUGGCUAGUCACAACAUACUUCCUGUCAGACGUAAACAACAGUAUUGUACAUCAUGACACAGAAACAUCAAAGAGCUCAAAAGGUCAGACUGAAACAUCAGACAUCCACUUGCCUUCCUCUCAGGAGGGUACUAGGAGUGUGUUGACAUUCUGAGGUAUUGUCCAAUUGUCUGAUUAAAGUUACCAAAGUGACAUUCAUGCAGGUGGUUCAAUUAGUUAUAACUGUGUCCCCUCUGACAUUCUGUUUGUCCCUCUGCAGAUACCAUCUCCCUUAGGAAGCAGGCAUUGCUGCUAGAGGAGGUUCAGAAGCUCAACAGGGAGAAUGCAGAGAGAUCAUCAUCAUCAUCAGGUCACCAGCAGCAGCAGCUCACCCCUGACGGCUUCCUGGACCUGGAGGCUGGAUCUGGAGGGGCCUCAGAGGGGUCCCUCAGCCCAAACCUGCUGGACUUUAUCCUUGAGGGCCCCAAGGCCCCCGUGGAGUCAUUGUCUGAGGAGGAGAGGGCGGCAGCAGGAGAUGGACUAAAAGUGGAAGAGAGGAAGGAGGAGGAGGCUGUACAAAAGGAGGAGAAGGAAGACCACCUUAAUGAAUCUAAGGAAGAGGAGAAAGAGGAGGAGCUGUUGAAAACCACAGAGCAGCCUGAGGAGGAAAGAGGAGUGGAGGAGAAAGAGGGGGAGAAGGAGAAAGAGGGGGAUACUGCACUCUCUAAAGGCCCAUCAGAAGCUGUUGUUAUGUCAGUAAAGGAUCUCCCUCCUCUCCCACCCUCCCCUGAAGCUCCAGGAGAUACUGACUCCAUUCCCGAGAGGUACAUUAUCUCCUCUACCCUCAAUCUCUUCCUAUUUAUUUCGUUCUAUGUAUUUAUUUAUUUCUCUCUCUUUGUCUCCCUUUCGCACUAUCUUACUCUACCUCUCACUUGCCCUACUUCACAAGUGCUCUAUGUGCUGAUCCCUCUCUUCCACAUAUACAGUGGGGAGAACAAGUAUUUGAUACACUGCCGAUUUUGCAGGUUUUCCUACUUACAAAGCAUGUAGAGGUCUGUAAUUUUUAUCAUAGGUACACUUCAACUGUGAGAGACGGAAUGUAAAACAAAAAUCCAGAAAACCACAUUGUAUGAUUUUUAAGUAAUUAAUUUGCAUUUUAUUGCAUGACAUAAGUAUUUGAUCACCUACCAACCAGUAAGAAUUCCGGCUCUCACAGACCUGUUAAUUUUUCUUUAAGAAGCCCUCCUGUUCUCCACUCAUUACCUGUAUCAACUGCACCUGUUUGAACUCGUUAACUGUAUAAAAGACACCUGUCCACACACUCAAUCAAACAGACUCCAACCUCUCCACAAUGGCCAAGACCAGAGAGCUGUGUAAGGACAUCAGGGAUAAAAUUGUAGACCUGCACAAGGCUGGGGUGGGCUACAGGACAAUAGGCAAGCAGCUUGGUGAGAAGGCAACAACUGUUGCCGCAAUUAUUAGAAAAUGGAAGAAGUUCAAGAUGACGGUCAAUCACCCUCGGUCUGGGGCUCCAUGCAAGAUCUCACCUCGUGGGGCAUCAAUGAUCAUGAGGAAGGUGAGGGAUCAGCCCAGAACUACACGGCAGGACCUGGUCAAUGACCUGAAGAGAGCUGGGACCACAGUCUCAAAGAAAACCAUUAGUAACACACUACGCCGUCAUGGAUUAAAAUCCUGCAGUGCACGCAAGGUCCCCCUGCUCAAGCCAGCGCAUGUCCAGGCCCGUCUGAAGUUUGCCAAUGACCAUCUGGAUGAUCCAGAGGAGGAAUGGGAGAAGGUCAUGUGGUCUGAUGAGACAAAAAUAGAGCUUUUUGGUCUAAACUCCACUCGCCGUGUUUGGAGGAAGAAGAAGGAUGAGUAUAACCCCAAGAACACCAUCCCAACCGUGAAGCAUGGAGGUGGAAACAUCAUUCUUUGGGGAUGCUUUUCUGCAAAGGGGACAGGACGACUGCACCGUAUUGAGGGGAGGAUGGAUGGGGCCAUGUAUCGCGAGAUCUUGGCCAACAACCUCCUUCCCUCAGAAAGAGCAUUGAAGAUGGGUUGUGGCUGGGUCUUCCAGCAUGACAACGACCCGAAACACACAGCCAGGGCAACUAUGGAGUGGCUCCGUAAGAAGCAUCUCAAGGUCCUGGAGUGGCCUAGCCAGUCUCCAGACCUGAACCCAAUAGAAAAUCUUUGGAGGGAGCUGAAAGUCCAUAUUGCCCAGCGACAGCCCCGAAACCUGAAGGAUCUGGAGAAGGUCUGUAUGGAGGAGUGGGCCAAAAUCCCUGCUGCAGUGUGUGCAAACCUGGUCAAGACCUACAGGAAACGUAUGAUCUCUGUAAUUGCAAACAAAGGUUUCUGUACCAAAUAUUAAGUUCUGCUUUUCUGAUGUAUCAAAUACUUAUGUCAUGCAAUAAAAUGCAAAUGAAUUACUUAAAAAUCAUACAAUGUGAUUUUCUGGAUUUUUAGAUUCCGUCUCUCACAGUUGAAAUGUACCUAUGAUAAAAAUUACAGACCUCUACAUGCUUUGUAAGUAGGAAAACCUGCAAAAUCGGCAGUGUAUCAAAUACUUGUUCUCCCCACUGUACAGGAGCGGCAGGUAGCUUAGUGGUUAAGAGCGUUGUGCCAGUAACCGAAAGGUUGCUGGUUCUAAUCCCAGAGCCGACUAGGUGAAAAACCUGCUGAUGUGCCCUUGAGCAAGGCACUUAACCCUAAUUGCUCCUGUAAGUCGCUCUGGAUAAGAGCGUCUGCUAAAAUGUAAAAUGUAAUGCGAAACAACAUUCCACAUGUCUCUCUGUUCCAGCUGUGAAGAGCACAACAAAAGUGCCUCCUCUCUGUCUCUGGAGGCAGCAGAACAGGACCAGAUGGAGGAAGGCAGCACCAGCAGUAAGCGUCGGGUGAUGGAGGAAGACCUGGGAGUAGAGGACCACAAGAAGAGUCGGGUAGAGGGAGGAGAAGGAGAGGAGGAGGAGGAGGAGAGGGAGGGGGAGAGGAAGGAGGAGGAAGAAACAGAGAGGACAGAGGAUGAGGACGAGGGAUUGGGUGUCUUCAAGGCAGACGGGGUGGAUAUCCAUGUGGAGCUGAAAGAGAGGCUGGGGAAAGAUCAGGCUGCAGAAGUCAAGCAGUCUACUGGGGAACAGUUCUUUAUUGGUGAGGACCAGCAUCGUUAUGGGGUACUGUGGCUUUAAGUAUGGGGGAAAGGUGAUAAGUGGAAUCUUAAUUUGAAAUGUGCACAAGAUUCCAUAAAUCACACAUUGAUCUCAGUGGAAGACUGGCGUUACGCAAACAGAUCUUAGGAUUCGGGCCUAAUAUGAAGUCCAAUAGAUUGCUGAUAUGGUGGCAAUUGCUAUCUCUUUGUGUAGAAAAUGUUCAUAACCUUAUUGAAUUUGGAUGUAAAAGCAUGCUCUCUAGGAGUAACAAAGUAUGAGAGAACUGAAGUUUGCAUAACCAACAUUGUAUCUCCUGUUAUGUUUACCACAGUGUGUUAGUAAGCACAUGGUGAUAACUUGAUUAUGACAAUCAUGUGGUACCAUUACUAGAGGCACAUGCUAACUGAUUAGCUUAUAUUUCCCCUCCAUGCUACUGUUUGCCAGGGCUCACUUGAUGUCAUUCUCAAUGUGACUUCCCUGGUUGAAUGAAGGAUGAAUAAAGAAGAAUAUAUUUGUAUCUCCCUUUAGACAAAAGCCCUCCUCCACCGGCUCCAUUCAACCAUCGGAUAGUGUCGGCCAAACCCAACCAGAUCAACAACUUUUACACCAUCAACAGAGCUGAGGUUCUAGGAGGGUAAGUGUUUCAACCCUGUUCCUAGCGAUACAUGAUGACUUGAACCAGGAGGUAAAAAUGACUUUUCAACUGUUCAUUUUCAAAUUCAAGAACAAGUAUAUCCAUGUCAAAUAACACAUGGGCGGCAGGUAGCCUAGGGGUUAGAGAGGUGAGCCAUCAACCGGAGGGUUGCUAGUAUCAAAUCCUAGAUGCCAUUAUGCCCUUGAGCAUGGCACUUAACCCCCCACAACAACAGCUUCCCGGGCGCCCAGUGUGGCAGCCGCCCAAACCUCUCCAAAAACCUGUAUGUAUUGUAUUUCUUUCGGAGGGGUUGGGUUAAAAGCAGAAGUACAUUUAAUUUGUACCUUGUGUGCAAUUGACAAAUUAAGUAAUCUUAUCUCUUAUUUAUUCCUGCAAUGUUUCAACUAGGAACGUAAAAUAGUUCCUGCUUAGGCCUAUCGCUCCUCAGGGAGCACAGGCUAUCAACGACUCCUCUCCAUCACACUCUGUUUAUUUAUUUAUUUAAUUUUAUUUCACCUUUAUUUAACCAGGUAAGCCAGUUGAGAACAAGUUCUCAUUUACAACUGUGACCUGGCCAAGAUAAAGCAAAGCAGUGCGAUAAAAACAACAACACAGAGUUACAUAUGGGGUAAAACAAAACAUAAAGUAAAAAAUACAACAGAAAAUAUAUAUACAGUGUGUGCAAAUGUAGCAAGUUAUGGAGGUAAGGCAAUAAAUAGGCCAUAGUGCAAAAUAAUUACAAUUAGUAUUAACACUGGAAUGUGCAAAUAGAGAUACUGGGGUGCAAAUGAGCAAAAUAAAUAACAAUAUGGGGAUGAGGUAGUUGGGUGGGCUAAUUUCAAAUGGGCUGUGUACAGGUGCAGUGAUCGGUAAGGUGCUCUGAUAACUGAUGCUUAAAGUUAGUGAAGGAGAUAAGAGUCUCCAGUUUCAGAGAUUUUUGCAGUUUGUUCCAGUCAUUGGCAGCAGAGAACUGGAAGGAAUGGCGGCCAAAGGAGGUGUUGGCUUUGGGGAUGACCAGUGAGAUAUACCUGCUGGAGCGCAUACUACUAAUGGGUGUUGCUAUGGUGACCAAUGAGCUAAGAUAAGGCGGGGAUUUGCCUAGCAGUGAUUUAUAGAUGGCCUGGAGCCAGUGGGUUUGGCAACGAAUAUGUAGUGAGGACCAGCCAACAAGAGUGUACAGGUCACAGUGGUGGGUAGUAUAUGGGGCUUUUGUGACAAAACGGAUGGCACUGUGAUAGACUACAUCCAAUUUGCUGAGAAGAGUGUUGGAGGCUAUUUUGUAAAUGACAUCGCCGGUCAAGGAUCGGUAGGAUAGUUAGUUUUACGAGGAAGACUGUUCUGUUCUGCAUCAUACUGAGUUAUUAUAAAUUAGUACAUUCUCCAAUGGGUCUUUUGGAACUGAACCCACAAAACAAACCGUAUCUGACCUAGAUCAAAGACCGAGCGAGAGGAAGAGAGGUCCUCGACAAGUUGAGUUGUGUAACCCCCCCCCCCCCCCCUCUCCUCUCCUCUCUCCUGGUUCAUAACUCCAAAGUUAUUUUUACUCGAGGCCUUCAGGGUAUGUGAAACCAUACCCCUCUGCCAGCUGGUAGCUAAUCGCUAAGUGUUAAUCAAAAUCUUCAAAGAGAGGCCUCCUACUCUCAUUUAUUGAAAUAAAGGAUAAAUAAAUACAAAAUACAAUACCUUCACAAAAUGAUAUUACUCUCCUGUAUUGGAAGAGAUCUGAUUUUGUAUUUGAGGACAUACUGAUAAAAUAAUUCUGAUAGUUCAAGUUCUGACCAUGAGAUCCCACUCAAUUCAGGGGAUGUAUUAUCUUCAUGUGUAACAUUCUAGGAUUUGUGACUUACAGGUGAUAGUUUUGGCAAGUCUUAGUCAGACUGACCCCUGUUGAGGGAGUAUGGUUACGUUGAAACGUUCCCAUUAUAAAUCAUAAAAUGACACAGACAGAUGUACCUCAGAAACUUUGAACUGAAGACAGCUUACUUAUCUUUACUCUCUCUUAGGGGUCGUUUUGGCCAGGUGCACAAAUGCAUGGAAAACUCCUCAGGUCUCACCCUAGCUUCCAAAAUCAUCAAAGCCCGGAGUCAGAAAGAAAAGGUACAAAGUCAUUUUUUACAUGAUUUGCAUGCAUGUAAAAACCUCUACACAUCCUUGUAGCUUCCUUGAAAACUACUUUGUUUUCUAUUCAAAAUGUGGAAGUAGCCAUCGGAACAUAACGCUCUAAGGCCUUUUCACUCUACAUGGAUGGGGAAUAUAUUUCUCAAAAUGUCUUAAUUUGACCCAGAAAAGAGAAGCCUUACGUUGCCUGCUAGCUGUAAGUGAACAUCUGACACCUCUCAUUGUGUGGUUUGUGUGUGUUUGGUAUGUAGGAGGUGGUCAAGAAUGAGAUCAUGGUCAUGAACCAGUUGGACCAUGCCAACCUGAUCCAGCUCUACGCCGCCUACGAGUCCAGAAAUGACAUCAUCCUGGUACUGGAAUAG